GUCUGAGGAGCGAUAGCAUGGCAGCCUACCUGACUGAUUUCUAACCCAAGUCUCAGUGUUCGCUGAUUUUUAAUUUUGUAUUUUAAACAGAAAAAAAAAUUAGGAUCGACCACAUUUGUUUUCUACUCUCGCGUAUAUUGUAGUAGUUGAUCGUCUCCGCUCACAGCCAGAGUCGGUAUAUGAUACUUAAUGUUAGCGUGGUAGCAACUGAGCUAACGAGCUUUAGCCAUAGCUUUACUUAACAGCUUGUUGAGCUUUUUGUGUAGUCAAAACUGGGACUGUGUUUACACCGACACUUUUGGUGACUUUUUGGUGAAGUGCUUGUGACUGUUUUAUCGCCGCCAUGCCUAAAGGAGGAAAGAAGGGUGGACAUAAAGGUCGAAUGAGAACAUACACAAGUCCAGAAGAGAUAGAUGCACAAAUGAAAGCUGAAAAGGAACGGAAGAAGACUGAAGAUGAAGAAGAAGGAGCAGCAGUGAAUGAUGAUGACCAAACAGAGGACAAACUUGCAGGAUCAGGCUCAGAGGACAGUGAUGAUGACGGCUCUCAGAAAAGAAAAGGUGUGGAAGGUUUGAUAGAAAUCGAAAACCCUAAUCGUGUCGCUCAGAAGGCAAAGAAAGUAACAGAAAUAGAACUGGAGGGACCCAAGCAGCUCUCCAGAAGAGAAAGAGAGGAAAUAGAAAAGCAGAAGGCCAAGGAAAGAUACAUGAAGAUGCAUUUAGCUGGAAAGACGGAUCAAGCCAAAGCAGACCUUGCCCGGCUUGCCAUAAUUCGAAAACAACGUGAGGAGGCAGCAAGGAAAAAAGAAGAGGAAAGGAAAGCAAAAGAAGCUGUACAGGCGGCAGCGGCAGCAGCAAAAGGACUUCAUACAUUGUCCCUAAAAUAAUACAGAGUUAAUGAAAUAAAACAAUCUGAAAGGUUUUAAUGAACUUGUGGGACAGUGCAGUAUACAGUAUCCAUUAAUAGGAAUAUUUAUGCAUUCUGGAUGCUAACCUUGAAAGUAGGCAUUUUAUAGUUGAUGCUGAAGAUUGAGACUCCUGAAGAAAGGUUAGAUGUUUUCACCAAAGUGGCUAACUUACAAUGCCUAGUUAUACUCCAUGAUACUAGAUAUAUAUAUUUAUUAACAUACUGAUUCAUGUGGGAGUGAAUUUUCUAACUGCUGUCUCAGAGGGAAUUAUUGUAAGAUGGAAAAAUCAUGAUAAUCAGUUUUUGUUGCAAUGGGUUCAGUGGUAUUAAAGGAAUGUCCAGGGGAUAUGUGUAAGUAUGUAUUGGCAAAGAUAAAUAUCAGUAAAAAUAUCAAGUUUCCUGCUUUAUUAGGGUUAUACUCUCAGUGUUGAAUCUCUUUCUUCUAAUAUACUCAUUAACUUGUUUAUUAA